AUGUCAUUUUCCGAAAUUGCUGCGGCAAGUAUUGCUUAUUCCACAAUAACAGAAUUGGAAACUAUUCAUGCAAAUUCCGACCCUUUUUCUACAGUAUAUUCCACAAUUUCAAAAGGUUCACUUGUGUCAGUUAUUGUAACUUCUAAUAGUUCAAAAAAUGUAUUAAUUCCUGCCAUUCCAUAUCUCUACAAAAUUGCUAAUCAACAUAUCCCAGUUGUAAUUCAUGUUUCUCUUAUCAACAAUAACAAUAGCAAUUCCAAUCUUAGUGAUUAUACUAAUAUAAUGGCUUUAAGACAAACCGGAUUUGCUUUAUUACAUUCAACUGGUGAACAGGAUACUUUAGACAUGACUUUGAUUGCACAUUCAAUUGCAAUCAAGACCAAUACACCUGUUCUACAUUUCUUCGAUAACUCAGGAUUACAACUGAAGGAAAUUCCACUUUUCAGUCAUGAUUUCAUAAAAAAAUUUAUAGAAAAAUCUGAUGUUGAUUACUAUCAUGAAUUAAUUUCAAAAUCAGAGAAUUUGAACACCCUUUAUCUUCAACCAAAAAAUCAAUCAUCUAAUAACGAAAUUUACAACAGCAACGUAAAGAUUAAUCAAAAUGGUGGUGUUGACGAUCCAAUCUUGAUCAAUGGUAAAAAUGAAGAAAAUAGUGUGAAAACAAAUGGAGUUUCUUCUGCUCCAGAUUUCUUUACAAAUACAACAGAAAAGAUUUUUGCACUCUUCAAAAAAGAAACUGGACGUUCAUAUUCAAAUUUCAAAUUCCUUGGUAAUAAUGAAUCAGAUUUACUCAUUGUUACAUUUGGUUUGAACCUUUUACAAAAUUUCAUUGGAAGUGAUUUUUUGGGUUUUGGAUUAAUUCAGGUCAGAUUAUAUCGUCCGUGGUAUAGCCAAUUAUUUUGUAAUGCAAUUCCAAAAAAAUCAAUCAAAAAGGUUUUAGUGUUAGAGCAAGUUUUCACCAGCACAACUAAAUGGCUACCUUUGUACCUUGAUGUUACUUCAUUUUUUCAUAAUAAAAAAUAUUGGAACAAUCAUGUACCUUUUAUCAUAGGUGGUCAGUAUGGCAAUAAUUUAAAUGAUGGAUCAAUUGGUUUGCAUGUGAAGAACCUUUUACAUGAUCUUAAGUCAGCUAAGUUACAUGAUAAUAUUAAUCUUGGCGAAGAACUUGUUAAAAAAUCACAGGAAAAUAAUAUUAAUGGUCAUAUUACCACCACCACCACAAAUUCUAUUACCAGCAAUAAAAAUAAUGUUGAUGCUAUUAUUGCUGAAUCAAAACUUGAGAAGCCAUAUCUUAACAUGCUCAAUGAAAUUUUUGCAGAUCGUUUAUUUAUUGCAAAUGCUAUCUCAAAGCCUAAUGCGGGUUAUUUUGAAGCUAUUAAAUCGACUCCCGAAUUUGGAUAUGGUGUUUUAAUUUCAAAACUCCAAAAACGUUUACAAUUGGUUGACUUUGUUUCAAGUGCAUUGAAAAAUGAGAAAAUUCCAGAGUCUCUUCAUGUUGCUUUGUCUCAAUGGAUUUUAGGCAAAGAUGAUGCUGAUAAAUCAAAGGAAUUUGGUGAAACAGCCAUUAGUUUACUUUAUAAAUUACAUAAAGAUAAUCAAUCACUAACCAACAUCUAUAAUCUGAAAGAUCAAUUUUUUAAACCAUCAAAUUGGCUUAUUGGAUCUGAUUUAUGGGCUAAUGAUAUAGGAGGAUCGGGAGUUCAUCAUGUUAUUUCAUCAGGAAAAGAUAUUAAUAUUCUGAUCAUUGAUUCACAGCCUUACACCACACGUACUGCAAACGAUCCUGAUAAACGUAAAAAAGAUAUUGGUUUAUACGCUAUGAAUUAUGGUGAUGUUUAUGUAGCAUCUGUUGCUGUGUAUUCUUCAUAUACUCAAGUACUACAUGCACUUAUUGAAGCUGAAAAAUACAAAGGUCCCUCAGUUGUAUUAGCAUAUAUGCCUUAUCAUAGUGAAAAUGAUUCACCAAUUACUGUGUUAAAAGAAACAAAACUUGCUGUUGAUGCAGGUUAUUGGCCACUUUAUCGAUGGAAUCCAGCAUUAGAAAAAGAAGGAAAAGAAAGUUUCACACUAGACUCUGAAAAAAUUAAACAAGAACUUCAAUCAUUUCUUGAAAGAGAAAAUUAUUUAACGCAAUUGAGUAAUGUAAAACCUGAAAUCUCUACUAUAACAACAAAUUCACUUGAAUCAGAGAUAAAAGCAAAACAACAAUCACUUGCCAAACUAACUUUUAACAAAUUAUUGGAUGGAAUGUCUUCAGGACCUCCACUUUUAAUUCUUUUUGGCUCAGAUAAUGGCAACACUGAAGGACUCGCAAGAAGAUUACAGAAAGGAGCUAAAGCUCGUGGUGUUGUGGCUAGGUGUAUGGCAAUGGAUGAAUUCCCUAUUGAAGAACUUUCAUUAGAAAAAAAUGCAGUUUUUUUGUGCUGUACUGCUGGUCAAGGAGAAUUCCCACAGAAUGCACGUGAAUUUUGGAAACAUAUUUCCACCACCACAGAGGUUUCUUUAGUUGAAACAAAAUACGCAGUAUUUGGUCUUGGUGAUAGUAAAUAUUGGCCCAGAGCUGAAGACAUCAUCUACUAUAAUAAACCAGGUAAAGAGUUAGAUUUACGCUUGGAGCUUUUAGGCGGGCAGAGAUUAUUACCUUUUGGAUUGGGUGAUGAUCAAGAUCCUGAUGGUUAUGAGACAGGGUUUCAGGCUUGGGAACCUUUACUUUGGGAUGCACUUAAUGUUAAAUUGCUUGGCAGCGUUGUUGAGGAACCUAAAAAAACAGAUGAUGAUAUGAAAGUUGAAUCAAAUUAUUUGAGAGGAUCCAUUAAAGAAGGGCUUGAAGAUACUUCAACAGGAGCAUUAGCAGAAAGUGACACCAAGUUGACCAAAUUUCAUGGAAUUUAUCAACAAGAUGAUCGUGAUUUAAGAGAAGAGAGAAAAGCACAGGGAUUAGAAAAGGCUUAUUCAUUCAUGGUUCGUGUCAGAGUACCUGGAGGGAUAUCAACCGCUAAACAAUGGCUAGCUUUAGAUGAAAUCUCUGAAAAAUGGACAAGUGGUUCUUUGAAACUUACAACACGUCAAGCCUACCAGUUACAUGGUGUUCUGAAACGUAAUUUGAAGUUAACAAUACGUGGAAUAAAUAAAUGUUUGUUGGACACGCUUGCAGCAUGUGGUGAUGUUAAUCGUAAUGUGAUGUGUAAUCCAAAUCCUCUUCAAUCUGAAAUUCAUUAUGAAGUAAAUGAAUUUGCAAAAAAUAUAAGUGCACAUUUGACUCCUCGCACAUCAUCCUAUCAUGAAAUUUGGCUGGAUGAUAAAAUGGUUGCAGGUCAGGCUGUACAAGAUCACGAACCAUUGUAUGGUCCUACAUAUCUUCCACGUAAAUUUAAGAUUGCAAUUGCAAUUCCGCCUAAUAACGAUGUAGAUGUUUUUGCUCAUGAUUUAGGAUAUAUAGCUAUAGCAGAUAAAACCAACAAAAAAUUAUUAGGCUAUAAUGUUACAAUUGGUGGUGGUAUGGGAGCAACACAUAACAAUAAAAAGACUUAUCCAAGGCUUGGUGAUGUUAUUGGAUUUUGUAGACCUGAACAAGCCAUUGAUGUUGGUGAAAAAAUCAUGUUGAUACAGCGUGAUUUUGGCGAUCGUACAAAUAGGAAACAUGCACGUUUCAAGUAUACAAUAGAUGAUAGAAGCAUUGAAUGGUUUUGCUUAGAAUUGGAAUCUCGUUUAGGAUAUAAAUUGGAGGAUGCAAAGGAGUAUAAAUUUGAAAAUAAUGCAGAUCGUUAUGGAUGGACUAAAGGAAUUGGGGAUAAAUGGCAUUUUUGUAUGUAUAUAGAAAAUGGACGUGUCAAAGAUGAACCAGGAGCGCCUAUUAAAACAGGGUUACGUGAAAUAGCCAAAAUUCAUAAGGGUGAUUUCCGAUUAACACCUAAUCAACAUCUUAUUCUUGGUAAUGUUAGUGAAAAAGAUAAGCCAAAUAUCGAAAAACUUUUAAAGAAAUAUGCAUUAGAUAAUCUGCAAUACACAGGUAUAAGAUUAAAUUCAAUGUCAUGUGUAGCAUUGCCAACAUGUGGCUUAGCCAUGGCAGAAGCAGAAAGAUAUCUACCAACACUAGUAUCAAAAUUGGAGAGCAUUGUUGAGGACAUUGGAUUAAAACAUAAUGCGAUAGUUAUAAGAAUGACUGGGUGUCCUAAUGGAUGUGCUAGGCCAUACGUUGCAGAAAUUGCAUGUAUUGGUAAGGCCCCUGGUACAUAUAAUCUUUAUUUAGGAGGAGGAUUUUAUGGACAGAGAUUAAACAAAUUGUAUAAAGAAAGUUUAAAAGAAGAUGAAAUAUUAAAUGAAUUAAAACCAAUGUUAACAAGAUAUGCCAAAGAAAAAUAUGAAGAUGAAAAAUUUGGUGAUUUUGUCAUUCGUGCGGGAUAUAUAAAAGCUACAAGAUUUGGAAAAGAUUUCCAUGAUCUUUGA